AUUUAACUUACAGAUGAAAUAAGUAAAAAGUAUACUUCUUUUAGUAUGGAUGAUUAUUCACAAUUUGAUGUUAAUACUGAUUGCAGUAUUUUUUCUUAUAAACUUACUUAUUUUUUUUAAGCUUUGAGUAUUAUGAAUACAGGAAGUGACUUAAUGAAUACUUUAAUAAAUGAUUAUAAUACACCUGUGCAUUCUUAUAUUUAUAGAUACUAAAUUAGCAUUAAUACUUGUCAUCCUACAUGCUUAUUAUGUAAUCAAAUAACUUUAAAUGACUGCACAAGCUGUUAAUAAGUGGCAAAUUUUCCGAAUGGAUCAAGUGGAUCUUGCUCAUGUACAAAUCCUUCUGAUUAUUUUUAAAAUGGAGAAUGUGUUACUUCUUGUUCUACCAAUUAUGUACCUAAUGGUAAAUAUUGCUACUAUAAUUAUGGUUGUUAAACUCCUGACCCAUCAAAUAACGGUAAAUGCUAAACUUGCGCAAGUGGAUAUUAUAAUAAUGACGGAAUUUGCUAGACCCAAAACACUGUACCUCCAGGAUAUAUCCAAUAAGGAUCUAAUUUUAUAUUAAAAGCAUCUUAAAAUCCAUAGUAAGUUUAGAAUAUUUAAUACUAUCUUAAGGCAUUUAGUAGCUAUACUUUUUCUGAUUUAGAGGUUACUAAUAAAGGUUUUUCUGUAAUUCCUGGAAGACCACAAUAGCCUUUAGUUACUUCUUGUAAUGACGUAAACAUCUUGGGUGGUUUUAUGGUUAGCUAAUAUAAUACAAUUAUACAUUUUCCUCCUAUUAGAAUUUCUACUUAGUAUUAUUAAAUCUUUUUUACUGUUUAUUUGAUAGAUUUAGAUAUUUAUUUGCCACAAUAUUACCUAGGUGUUGUGCUUUCUGAUGGUAGUGGAUUCUCCAGUUACAGUGUUUCUGCUAAUAAGUCUACAUCAUAUUAUUGCGGAUUAAAUUAAAUGGAUACGAUUUAUUCAUUUUCUUUUGUAUAAUAAAUUGGAGCAUCUCCAAGUCAUAUAAUAACUAAAAAUUUUUAAAUCAUUAACAAAAUUAAUAUUUUUUAUGGUGGUUCUGCAUAUCUAGGUAUUAGAGAUAUUACUGUGAUUGGAUUUGACUGUAAAGAUCCUAAUUGUACAGACUGUAUUGAGUAUAUAUGUACAUUUUGUGUAGAUUACUAUUUUCUAAAUUCUUCAAAAUUUUGUGAAAAAUGUUUCGAUCCUAAUUGCAUAAAAUGUAGUGGAAAAAAUUAACAAGAUUGUACUUCUUGUAAUUCUAUUAAGCCAUAUUUUUUAUAAGAUGAUCAUUCUUGCACUGAUUGUAAAUUAGAUGGAUAUUAUAGUUAAUCAAAUAAUUGUUUGAAAUGCAUUCCGAACUGCCAAACUUGUUAAAAUGGAAGCACUUGUGAUUUAUGUUAAUCUGGUUAUCUUAUUCAUGAGCAAACAAACUAAUGUGUUAUUUGUUCAUAAUAAUCAGGAUAUUACGCUUCUGGAAAAUAUUGUAAAUAAUGUAAUAUAGCCUGUAAAGAAUGUUCAGGACCUGCUGAUUUAGAUUGUACUAUAUGUAACUACUUAUAUUUCCAAAUUGAUACUACUAUAAAGCGUUGUUAAACUUGUCCAAAUAAUGCAUAUCUAAUAUCCUCUAAGUAAAAUUGUUAAAAAUGUAAUUAUUAAUGCUCUCUAUGUGAUAAUAUAGCUUUAAGUUAUAGUAUGCUUACUCUAAAUUAGAGCUAAAAUUCCAAUUAAAAAUAUUGCUUAGUAUGCAGCUGUUAGUAAUGCGAAAGUAGUUAUAUAUUAUUUAAUUAAAAAUAAUGUACACAGAGCUGUGAUACUAUAGGUAGCAACUAUAUUUAUAAUUCUUCAACAAACACUUGUAUUUGUUAAUAAGGAUAUAAUUAUCAAGUCAGAAAUCCUUACAAAAAUAAUUUUGAUUGCUCAAACGGUUAAGGAUAUGGAUAUUACUGUGAUUCUCAUAAUAUCUGCUUAUAGUGCAGCUAAAACUGUAGUUCUUGUUCUGAUAGUCAAACAUGCAUAAAAUGUAAUGAAGGAAGUUAUUUAUGGCAGAAAGUUUGUUAUAAAAACUGCUUUCCAGACUUAAAUAUUGUCCCCAAUACUUAAAAAGGAAUAUGUGAGUGCUCUGAAGGAUAUAACUUAGAGUAGCUUAAAAGCCCUGUUUAGGGAUAAAGUAUGAUUUGUUAGCUUCCCUUAGCUAUUUAAUCUAUAAAUGUCUAUAAUUAUCUAGCUUAAAGCAACGAUAUAACUCUUCCAACUAAUUUUAGAGGUAAUCUAAUUGUUAUUACUUAUAAUCGGAAAUUAACCAAUGAAGAAUAUUCCUCGUUUUAAUUUUUAAUUGAUGAAGGAAUAUUGAAUUUAGGUAAUUAAUAUAGCAUCAAUUCUAUUUCAAUGGAAAACUAAAAUGUAAAAGUAAUAAUAAUAUCCUAGUAAAAUAGAAGAGUAAAACAAUUCACAAUUAGCAUUAAAGAAUCCAAAAUAAACUAUUAAAUUCCAAACACAAUAAUUGUUUCAUCAAGCUAUGGAGAAUAGUCUAAUUCGUUUGCCUAAGGUAAAUAAUUAACACAAAAUUUAUAAACAAUUUCAUAAACAUUUUCUCCAGAUCAAAAUAGUGCAUCUGGCAAAGUUAUAAAUCUUCUCAAGUAAUUUUAAAUUUUAUGCUCCAUUUCGAAUUUUGUCUAAGUUCUGCCUAUGAUCUACCUAAUCAAAGAAUAUCUUCCUCUUAAAGUGAAUUUUGCUUCUUUAUCAGGUGCAACAUUAGUUUUUAACUAAACACCUCAGCCUACUCAAAUAUCAUUUGAUUCACAAUAAUAUAGUUUAAAUAGUUGUCUUAAUUUGCAUAUUUGUAAUGAUUUACUGCUUGUUUUUUAGGAAAAUUCUGAAAGGAAAAAACCUGGUGAUUACUUAGUCUUAAAAGCUCCAAAUAUUUAUGGUGAUAUUGAUUUUAGAAUGAAAGGAUCUAAAUCAUACAUUGCAAUUUCUUUUUUUAAGAAAUACUUUGUUGUAUUUUAAGAAAUAAUGAUCAGUGUAUUAUUUAUAUUUAUUGGAAUAACUAUUAAAGAAAUGUAAGCUACUGCUAAUGAAGAUGUAAUAGCAAGUGAAACUCUACUAAAAAUUGAAAUUUUUGGUAAGAUAAGUAACUAAAGUAAAAAGAACUAGAAGUAUUAAUUAAUAUAGAUCUAUAAUAAUAGCUUGAACCAUAGUAAAAUUCAAAUUACAUUAGAGUUAGUACAUUGA